GCUGAGGCUCCCCCGCGGGCGGGCGCAGAGAGACGCGGGAAGCAGGGGCUGGGCGGGGGUCGUGGCGCCGCAGCCAGCGCAGCCAGCCCCAGGGGCCGCCGCCUCCGCUGCCCAGCGCGCUCCGGGGCCGCCGGCCGCCUUAGCACCCGCCGCGCCGCAGCUCCGGGACCGGCCCCGGCCGCGACGCCGCCGCGAUGGGCAACGCCGCCGCCGCCAAGAAGGGCAGCGAGCAGGAGAGCGUGAAAGAGUUCCUAGCCAAGGCCAAGGAAGAUUUCCUGAAAAAAUGGGAGAGCCCUUCUCAGAAUACAGCCCAGUUGGACCAGUUUGAUAGAAUCAAGACCCUUGGCACCGGCUCCUUUGGGCGAGUGAUGCUCGUGAAGCACAAGGAGACCGGGAACCACUACGCCAUGAAGAUCUUGGACAAACAGAAGGUGGUGAAGCUGAAGCAGAUUGAGCACACUCUAAAUGAGAAACGCAUCCUGCAGGCUGUCAACUUCCCGUUCCUGGUCAGACUUGAAUUCUCCUUCAAGGACAACUCAAACUUAUACAUGGUCAUGGAGUAUGUACCUGGUGGGGAGAUGUUCUCCCACUUACGACGGAUCGGAAGGUUCAGCGAGCCCCACGCCCGUUUCUACGCGGCGCAGAUCGUCCUGACCUUUGAGUAUCUGCACUCCCUGGACCUCAUCUACCGGGACCUGAAGCCCGAGAACCUUCUCAUCGACCAGCAGGGCUAUAUUCAGGUGACAGACUUCGGUUUUGCCAAGCGUGUGAAAGGCCGUACUUGGACCUUGUGUGGGACCCCUGAGUACUUGGCCCCUGAGAUUAUCCUAAGCAAAGGCUACAACAAGGCUGUGGACUGGUGGGCUCUCGGGGUCCUCAUCUACGAGAUGGCUGCUGGUUACCCGCCCUUCUUCGCUGACCAGCCUAUCCAGAUCUACGAGAAAAUCGUCUCUGGGAAGGUGCGGUUCCCAUCCCACUUCAGCUCUGACUUGAAGGACCUGCUACGGAACCUUCUGCAGGUGGAUCUUACCAAGCGCUUUGGGAACCUCAAGAAUGGGGUCAAUGACAUUAAGAACCAUAAGUGGUUUGCCACGACUGACUGGAUUGCCAUCUAUCAGAGAAAGGUGGAAGCUCCCUUCAUACCAAAGUUUAAAGGCCCUGGGGACACGAGUAACUUUGACGACUAUGAGGAGGAAGAGAUCCGGGUCUCCAUCAAUGAGAAAUGUGGCAAGGAGUUUACUGAGUUUUAGGGGUGUGCUUGUGCACCAUGGGUUUUCUUUCAUUCUUUCUUUUUCUUUCUUUCUUUUUUUUUCUUUCUGGUUGGGGGUGGGAGGGUUGGAUCGAACAGCCAGAGGGCCCUAGAGUUCCAUGCAUCUAAAUUAACACCCACUCCACACCCCCAGGUUAGGGAGAGCAGGAAAGCCAGAUAUGGGGAAGGGGCAACAUCAGCUGCUCCCCUUCUCCCCCACACGUCUCUGCCUGUUUUCAAUGGAUUUCUCAGCUCCAGUCACACCCAGUCUUACUGGUGUAUCCAAGGGCAGGGUCUGGAAAGAGGGGCGCAAAUUUGCCCCAGCCUCCACCCCCAAGCCAGCACUGGACACUAAGAGCGAACAGAAAAGCCAACCUUCCCUUCCAUGCAGUCCUACUUGGAAAGGGAGAUUUUAGUCACAUGUACAGAGGGCUGCUUGCUAGUAGGUUUUUUUUUCUUUUUUUUUUAAAUUUUCAUUUAAAUUAAGUUCCACCAGUGCCUCCCACC